AUGUCAAUUGAACAUUAUGCUACAAGAAACGUUAGUGUAUCACCUGAUGAUAAAAAAACAGUUACUAUUGCAUGUGCAAAAUAUUGCGCAUUUGAUAUGCGCUCCUUUAAUUCAGUACACGGCAAUGGCUUCAAACAAUUAUGCCAAGUGUUAAUAGACAUUGGUUAUAAGCAUGGUUCAGUCAAAUUAAAUAAACCAUCAGCUAAUAUCUUACUUCCUGAUCGAACAAAUAUAUCACGUACUGUUAAACAAAUUGCCAACGAAUAUCGUUCGAAGAUAAAUAAGAUAUUACGUCAAGAUUUAGAACGAGUAAAAUUAAUUGGUAUAAGUACUGAUUAUUGGAAAGGUAACUGUAGCGGUGAUACUUAUUUAACAAUAAACAUCCAUUAUACAAAAGAUGAUGAUCUUAUGACAUAUAUGUUAAAAACAAUUUUAUUUUCAGGAACAAAAAGUGGUGAAAAUACAAUUCAAACGAUUAAAAUGGUCUUAAAAUCGUAUGAUAUAGAUCCAGAUGGUAAACAUAUUAUAUAUUUAACAGAUAAUGCUUCGAAUUUUAUCUCAGGAUUAAAAGAAGAAGUUCAUUUACGAUGCAUUUGUACUCAACAUGAACGCAAUGAUGUUCAUAAAGCUACAAAAGAUAUAUUGAAAACGCUCAACAUUACUGAACAAAAUGAAGAAAUAAUACCAAUAAAUCCAACAAUUAGUGCUGCUAAAUCAAGAAAAACAUCAAAAAGGAUAAAAAGAGGCGAUUGUUCAGAAGAUGAUGUUAUGAUGGAAUUUGCUCAAGAGAAUCAAACUGAUUCUAGUGAAGGAGAAGAUGAAAAUGAAGUUGAUCGUUAUGCAAAAGCAAAGUUAGUGAUCAACAAUGAAGAAAAAGUAUUGAACUGGUGGAAAAAAUGGGCAAUAACUUAUCCAAAACUUAGUAUUCUAGAUCGAUCAUUAUUUGGUAUAUCAGCUAGCUCAUGUACUAGCGAAAGAAUUUUCAGUACGAUUGGCAGAAUUCUUGAAGAGCGGCGACAAAAUUUCAGUGAUGAUAUUAUUGAUGAUAUGCUGUUCAUUAGAAAUUUCAAAAAAGUUGUUAUGUAA